AUGGUGACUGGCGGUGGUGCUGCACCUCCCGGGACUGUCACUGAGCCGCUUCCCAGUGUGAUUGUGCUGAGCGCAGGCCGGAAGAUGGCGGCUGCGGCUGCGGCGGCCUCGGGCCCGGGCUGCUCCUCGGCGGCGGGGGCGGGAGCGGCGGGGGUCUCGGAGUGGCUGGUGCUGCGAGACGGCUGCAUGCGCUGCGACGCCGAUGGGCUGCACAGCCUUUCCUACCACCCGGCGCUCAACGCCAUCCUGGCCGUCACCAGUCGCGGGACCAUCAAAGUCAUCGACGGCACCUCGGGGGCCACCCUGCAGGCCUCAGCGCUCAGCGCUAAACCAGGUGGACAGGUGAAAUGUCAGUAUAUAUCUGCGGUGGAUAAAGUUAUAUUUGUGGAUGAUUAUGCAGUAGGGUGUAGGAAGGACCUUAAUGGAAUCUUGUUGUUAGACACUGCUCUGCAAACUCCAGUUUCAAAGCAGGAUGAUGUGGUUCAGCUUGAAUUACCUGUUACGGAGGCACAACAGCUCUUAUCAGCAUGUUUAGAAAAGGUAGAUAUUUCUAGUACGGAGGGUUAUGAUUUGUUCAUCACACAGCUCAAAGAUGGUUUAAAAAAUACAUCCCAUGAGACUGCAGCCAACCACAAAGUUGCUAAGUGGGCCACAGUUACAUUUCAUCUUCCUCAUCAUGUGUUGAAGUCCAUUGCCAGUGCCAUUGUGAAUGAACUCAAGAAAAUAAAUCAAAAUGUUGCUGCCUUACCUGUGGCAUCCUCAGUGAUGGACAGAUUGUCUUACCUCUUACCUAGUGCUCGUCCAGAACUUGGAGUGGGGCCAGGCCGUUCUGUGGACAGAUCGCUGAUGUAUAGUGAAGCUAACAGACGGGAGACAUUUACCUCAUGGCCUCAUGUAGGCUAUCGAUGGGCACAGCCGGAUCCCAUGGCUCAAGCUGGAUUUUACCAUCAGCCUGCCUCAUCUGGAGAUGAUAGAGCCAUGUGUUUUACUUGUAGUGUAUGUCUCGUUUGUUGGGAACCUACUGAUGAACCUUGGUCUGAACACGAGAGACACUCCCCAAACUGCCCGUUUGUGAAAGGUGAGCACACACAGAAUGUGCCGUUGUCCGUCACUCUCGCAACAAGUCCUGCACAGUUUCCCUGUACUGAUGGAACUGACAGAAUAGCUUGCUUUGGGUCGGGAAGCUGCCCUCAUUUUCUAGCUGCUGCAACAAAACGAGGAAAGAUCUGCAUAUGGGAUGUUUCCAAACUUAUGAAGGUGCACUUGAAGUUUGAAAUUAAUGCAUAUGACCCAGCAAUUGUACAACAGCUUAUUCUGUCGGGAGAACCAAGCUCGGCAGUUGAAUCAAGGAGACCAACUUUGGCGUGGCUGGAGGACUCCUCUAGCUGCUCAGACAUACCAAAAUUGGAAGGAGAUAGUGAUGAUUUACUGGAGGAUUCAGACAGUGAAGAGCAUUCCAGAUCAGAUUCUGUGACAGGGCAUACAUCACAGAAGGAAGCCAUGGAAGUGAGCCUUGAUAUAACAGCACUCAGCAUUCUGCAGCAGCCUGAAAAACUUCAGUGGGAGAUUGUGGCAAAUGUGCUUGAAGAUACUGUUAAGGAUCUUGAAGAACUUGGGGCAAAUCCUUGCUUAACAAACUCUAAGAGUGAAAAGACAAAGGAAAAGCACCAGGAACAACACAACAUUCCCUUUCCAUGUUUAUUAGCUGGAGGUUUAUUAACAUAUAAAUCUCCUGCUACCUCACCCAUUAGUAGUAAUUCUCACAGGUCACUGGAUGGUUUAAGCAGAACUCAGGGUGAAAGUAUAUCAGAACAAGGGUCAACUGACAAUGAAUCCUGCACUAAUUCAGAGUUAAAUUCUCCUCUGGUAAGGAGGACUUUACCCAUUUUGCUUCUUUAUAGCAUCAAGGAAUCUGAUGAGAAAGCAGGAAAAAUAUUUUCACAGAUGAACAAUAUAAUGAGCAAAAGUUUGCAUGAUGAUGGUUUUACAGUUCCACAGAUUAUUGAAAUGGAGCUGGAUAGUCAGGAGCAGUUGUUGUUGCAGGAUCCUCCUGUGACUUACAUUCAGCAAUUUGCAGAUGCAGCAGCCAACCUUACCUCUCCAGAUUCUGAGAAGUGGAACUCUGUGUUUCCCAAGCCUGGGACUUUGGUUCAGUGCUUAAGGCUGCCAAAGUUUGCAGAGGAGGAGAAUCUUUGUAUAGACUCCUUAACUCCUUGUGCUGAUGGAAUUCAUUUGUUGGUAGGACUGCGGACAUGCCCUGUUGAAUCCUUGAGUGCAAUAAAUCAAGUAGAGGCCUUGAAUAAUUUAAAUAAAUUAAACUCUGCACUAUGUAAUAGACGGAAAGGUGAGCUGGAAUCAAAUCUUGCUGUAGUGAAUGGUGCAAAUAUUAGUGUAAUCCAACAUGAAUCACCAGCAGAUGUACAAACUCCUUUGAUAAUUCAGCCUGAGCAGAGGAAUAUUAGUGGUGGAUAUUUAAUACUUUAUAAAAUGAAUUAUGCCACUCGGAUAGUGACUUUAGAAGAGGAGCCAAUAAAAAUCCAACAUAUCAAAGACCCCCAGGACACAAUUACCUCGCUCAUUUUGCUUCCACCAGAUAUAUUGGAUAAUCGAGAAGAUGACUGUGAGGAACCUGUUGAGGAAAUGCAGUUAACCUCAAAGAAUGGCAUUGAAAGAGAAAAAAAGGCUGAUAUUUCUACUCUUGGACACCUGGUAAUAACCACUCAGGGAGGAUAUGUAAAAAUAUUAGAUCUUUCAAACUUUGAAAUUUUGGCCAAAGUGGAACCUCCCAAAAAGGAGGGCACUGAGGAACAGGACACAUUUGUUUCUGUCAUUUACUGCUCGGGCACAGACAGGCUGUGUGCAUGCACCAAAGGUGGUGAGCUUCAUUUUCUCCAAAUUGGAGGAACUUGUGAUGAUAUUGAUGAAGCUGAUAUACUAGUGGAUGGAUCUCUUUCUAAAGGAAUAGAACCAUCUUCAGAAGGUUCCAAACCUUUAUCAAAUCCUUCAAGUCCUGGCAUUUCAGGUUGGCCAAUAUUGGUGAUGUUACUUAAGAGCAACAGCUGGGAUGAACAUGUAUUUGAACUGGUUCUACCUAAAGCUUGUAUGGUUGGACAUGUGGACUUCAAAUUUGUUUUGAACUCAAACAUCACCAAUAUUCCACAGAUACAAGUGACGCUGCUGAAAAAUAAAGCUCCGGGCUUAGGGAAAGUCAAUGCUCUUAACAUUGAAGUGGAACAAAAUGGGAAACCGUCCCUGGUUGAUUUGAAUGAAGAAAUGCAGCACAUGGAUGUAGAGGAAUCACAGUGUCUGAGAUUAUGUCCAUUUUUAGAAGAUCAUAAAGAAGACAUUCUGUGUGGACCAGUAUGGCUUGCUAGUGGCCUUGAUCUAUCAGGGCAUGCUGGGAUGUUGACAUUAACAAGCCCCAAACUUGUUAAAGGUAUGGCAGGAGGAAAAUAUCGUUCCUUUUUAAUCCACGUCAAGGCAGUGAAUGAAAGAGGAACAGAUGAGAUCUGUAAUGGUGGUAUACGCCCUGUAGUAAGACUUCCAUCCCUAAAACACCAGAGUAACAAGGGUUAUUCACUUGCUUCACUCUUGGCAAAAGUCGCAGCAGGCAAGGAAAAAUCAUCUAAUGUUAAGAAUGAAAAUGCAAGUGGUGCCCGCAAAUCUGAGAACCUCCGGGGCUGUGACUUACUGCAAGAGGUCUCAGUCACCAUUCGGAGAUUUAAGAAAACUUCAAUUUCUAAGGAAAGAGUGCAACGAUGUGCUAUGUUACAGUUUUCAGAAUUUCAUGAGAAGCUUCUUAACACUCUUUGUAGAAAAGCAGAUGAUGGCCAAAUCACAGAACAUGCCCAGAGCCUUGUGCUGGAUACCCUUUGUUGGUUAGCUGGAGUACAUUCAAAUGGACCUGGAAGCUCCAAAGAGGGAAAUGAGAGCCUGCUUUCAAAAACACGAAAAUGUCUUUCAGACAUCGUGCGUGUUUGCUUCUUUGAGGCAGGACGAAGCAUAGCCCAUAAGUGUGCCCGAUUUCUAGCUUUGUGCAUUAGUAAUGGCAAAUGUGACCCAUGUCAACCAGGAUUUGGAUCUGUUCUAUUGAAGGCCUUACUUGAUAAUAUGUCAUUUUUACCUGCAGCGGCAACUGGUGGUUCUGUCUAUUGGUAUUUUGUCUUACUGAAUUAUGUUAAAGAUGAAGAUUUGGCUGGGUGCAGUACAGCUUGUGCAUCUUUGCUUACUGCUGUGUCCAAACAGUUACAGGACAGGCUAACACCAAUGGAAGCUUUACUUCAGACAAGAUACGGAUUAUAUAGCUCACCAUUUGAUCCAGUCCUUUUUGAUUUGGAGAUGAGCGGUUCUUCUUGUAAAAAUGUAUACAACAGCAGCAUUGGUGUCCAGUCAGAUGAAAUUGAUUUGUCAGAUGUCCUUUCAGGAAAUGGAAAGGUCAGUAGUUGCACAGCUGCCGAAGGUAGUUUCACAUCUCUCACUGGACUUCUAGAAGUUGAACCCCUGCACUUUACUUGUGUGUCCACUAGUGAUGGCACCAGAAUAGAAAGGGAUGAUGCAAUGAGUUCCUUCGGGGUUACUCCUGCAGUAGGUGGACUGUCAUCGGGGACAGUUGGGGAAGCUUCGACAGCCCUGAGUUCAGCAGCCCAGGUAGCUUUGCAGUCUCUCUCUCAUGCAAUGGCGUCAGCCGAGCAACAGCUGCAGGUGCUGCAAGAGAAACAGCAGCAGCUUUUGAAGCUUCAGCAACAGAAAGCCAAGCUGGAAGCCAAGUUACAUCAGACGACAGCUGCAGCAGCUGCUGCCGCAUCGGCAGCCUCCGCAGUAGGUCCUGUUCACAACUCCGUGCCUUCCAACCCAGCGGCGGCCCCCGGCUUCUUCAUCCACCCAUCUGAUGUUAUUCCACCCACUCCAAAAACAACACCACUGUUUAUGACUCCACCACUCACCCCGCCCAAUGAAGCAGUUUCUGUUGUGAUUAAUGCAGAGCUUGCACAGCUUUUCCCCGGCUCAGUUAUUGAUCCCCCAACAGUCAAUCUUGCUGCACAUAACAAAAAUUCCAACAAGUCCAGAAUGAAUCCACUUGGUUCUGGUCUAGCUCUCGCAAUUUCUCAUGCUUCACAUUUUCUUCAACCUCCACCCCACCAGUCCAUUAUUAUAGAGCGAAUGCAUUCAGGAGCAAGGAGAUUUGUGACCUUGGAUUUUGGCAGACCAAUACUGUUGACAGAUGUAUUGAUUCCCACUUGUGGAGACUUGGCCUCCUUGUCAAUUGACAUUUGGACAUUAGGAGAAGAGGUGGAUGGGAGGCGUCUGGUAGUGGCAACUGAUAUAAGCACCCAUUCACUAAUUCUGCAUGAUUUGAUACCACCUCCUGUGUGCAGGUUUAUGAAGAUCACUGUCAUUGGACGUUAUGGAAGUACAAAUGCCAGAGCCAAAAUCCCAUUAGGAUUUUACUACGGUCAUACGUAUAUCUUGCCUUGGGAAAGCGAACUGAAGUUAAUGCAUGAUCCUUUAAGGGGAGAGGGUGAAUCUGCAAACCAGCCAGAAAUUGACCAGCACUUAGCAAUGAUGGUUGCUCUACAGGAGGAUAUACAGUGCAGGUAUAACUUAGCUUGUCAUCGACUGGAAACUCUUUUGCAAAGUAUCGAUCUUCCUCCUCUUAACAGUGCUAACAAUGCACAGUACUUUUUGCGAAAACCAGACAAGGCAGUUGAAGAAGACAGUAGAGUUUUUUCUUCCUAUCAAGAUUGUAUUCAGCUACAGCUUCAACUGAAUUUGGCCCAUAAUGCAGUGCAGAGGCUCAAAGUAGCUCUUGGUGCAAGUCGGAAGAUGUUAAGUGAAAUGUCAGAUCCAAAAGAUUUAAUUCAAACAUCUUCCACAGAGCAGUUGCGUACCAUCAUCAGAUAUUUAUUGGACACUUUACUCAGUCUCCUUCACUCUUCCAAUGGACACUCUGUUCCUGCAGUUUUGCAGAGCACAUUUCAUGCCCAGGCCUGUGAAGAGCUUUUUAAACACUUGUGCAUCAGUGGAACCCCCAAGAUACGGUUGCACACUGGCCUUCUACUUGUUCAGCUCUGUGGUGGUGAAAGAUGGUGGGGUCAGUUUCUUUCUAAUGUUCUUCAGGAGUUGUACAAUUCAGAGCAGCUUCUCAUCUUUCCGCAAGAUAGGGUCUUCAUGUUACUUUCCUGCAUUGGUCAAAGAUCACUUAGUAAUAGUGGAGUAUUAGAAAGCUUACUUAAUCUGUUGGAUAAUUUAUUGUCACCUCUUCAGCCACAGUUACCCAUGCAUAGGAGGACAGAAGGAGUACUAGAUAUUCCCAUGAUCAGUUGGGUUGUGAUGCUGGUGUCCAGGUUGCUGGAUUAUGUGGCCACUGUUGAAGAUGAAGCAGCAGCUGCAAAAAAGCCUAUGAAUGGUAACCAGUGGAGUUUUAUUAACAAUAAUCUGCACACUCAGAGCAUAAAUAGGUCUUCCAAAGGCAGUAGUAGCCUUGAUAGAUUAUAUUCCAGAAAAAUCAGAAAGCAGCUAGUUCAUCAUAAACAGCAACUUAACCUAUUAAAAGCUAAACAGAAAGCUUUGGUGGAACAGAUGGAAAAAGAAAAAAUACAAAGUAACAAAGGAUCAUCAUAUAAACUUCUGGUAGAGCAAGCAAAACUAAAGCAGGCUACCUCAAAGCACUUCAAGGAUUUAAUUCGGUUACGUCGGACAGCAGAAUGGUCCCGUUCUAAUUUAGACACAGAAGUUACAACAACAAAAGAAAGUGCAGAGAUAGAACCACUUCCAUUUACCCUGGCACAUGAACGUUGUAUUUCAGUAGUGCAGAAACUUACGCUGUUUCUCCUUUCCAUGGAUUUUACAUGUCAUGCAGAUCUCUUACUGUUUGUUUGUAAGGUUCUUGCACGUAUUGCAAAUGCCACGAGGCCAACUAUACAUCUGUGUGAGAUUGUGAAUGAACCACAACUGGAAAGACUACUCUUACUUUUGGUUGGAACUGACUUCAAUAGAGGAGAUAUAUCUUGGGGUGGUGCUUGGGCUCAGUAUUCCUUAACUUGUAUGCUACAGGAUAUAUUAGCAGGGGAGUUGCUGGCUCCGGUAGCUGCAGAAGCCAUGGAGGAGGGAGCAGUGAGCGAUGACGUAGCUGCAACAGCCGGGGACUCCGAUGACUCCCUGCAGCAGUCUUCGGUUCAGUUGUUGGAAACUAUAGAUGAACCUUUGACACAUGAUAUAACGGGUGCACCUCCUCUUUCUUCUUUGGAAAAAGAUAAAGAAAUUGAUCUUGAGCUACUUCAAGAUCUAAUGGAAGUUGACAUUGAUCCUUUAGAUAUUGAUUUGGAAAAGGAUCCUCUUGCAGCCAAAGUUUUUAAGCCAAUAAGCAGUACAUGGUAUGACUAUUGGGGUGCUGAUUAUGGCACCUACAAUUACAACCCUUACAUUGGAGGUCUUGGAAUUCCUGUAGCAAAGCCACCUGCAAACACAGAGAAGAAUGGAUCACAGACAGUUAGUGUUUCAGUAUCUCAGGCCCUAGAUGCUCGCCUAGAAGUUGGACUUGAACAGCAAGCCGAACUUAUGUUGAAAAUGAUGUCUACCCUGGAAGCAGAUUCCAUUUUACAAGCAUUAACAAAUACAUCUCCUACGUUAUCACAGUCUCCCACUGGAACAGAUGAUUCACUUCUAGGGGGUUUACAAGCAGCGAACCAAUCCAACCAGCUUAUUAUACAGUUAUCAUCUGUCCCAAUGUUAAAUGUUUGUUUCAACAAACUUUUUUCCAUGCUUCAAGUCCAUCAUGUUCAGUUGGAAUCACUUCUCCAGCUGUGGCUCACAUUGAGCCUGAAUUCUAGUUCUUCUGGAAACAAAGAAAAUGGAGCAGACAUUUUUUUAUAUAAUGCUAAUCGAAUACCUGUCAUUUCAUUAAAUCAGGCAUCAAUAACUAGCUUUCUCACCGUGUUAGCUUGGUAUCCCAACACUUUGCUCCGGACAUGGUGCCUUGUGCUUCAUAGUCUAACACUCAUGACAAAUAUGCAGCUUAAUCCGGGUUCAAGCAGUGCCAUUGCAACUCAGGAGAGUACUGCUCAUCUGCUGGUUUCAGAUCCAAACCUGAUUCAUGUCUUAGUGAAAUUUCUUUCUGGCACCAGUCCACAUGGAACAAAUCAACACAGUCCACAGGUUGGUCCAACCGCUACACAAGCUAUGCAAGAAUUUCUCACCCGAUUACAAGUGCAUCUUUCUUCAACAUGUCCUCAGAUAUUCAGUGAAUUUUUGCUCAAGCUAAUUCAUAUACUUUCUACAGAAAGGGGUGCUUUCCAGACAGGCCAAGGACCUCUUGAUGCCCAAGUAAAGCUCUUAGAAUUUACACUGGAGCAGAAUUUUGAAGUUGUUUCCAUUAGUACUAUUUCUGCUGUAAUAGAGUCUGUCACCUUUUUAGUGCAUCACUAUAUCACUUGCUCAGACAAAGUAAUGUCUCGAAGUGGAUCUGAUAGCUCGGUGGGUGCUCGAGCAUGCUUUGGGGGACUCUUUGCGAACCUCAUUCGUCCAGGUGAUGCAAAAGCAGUUUGUGGUGAAAUGACAAGAGAUCAACUCAUGUUCGAUUUGUUAAAACUGGUUAACAUUUUGGUCCAGCUGCCUCUUUCAGACAACAGAGAAUACAGUGCAAGAGUGUCUGUGACCACCAAUACAACAGACAGUGUUUCGGAUGAAGAAAAAGUCUCAGGAGGCAAAGAUGGUAAUGGAAGCAGUAGUAGUAUUCAAGGAUCACCUGCAUAUGUGGCUGACUUAGUGUUAGCCAACCAACAGAUUAUGAGCCAGAUUUUGUCUGCUCUGGGCCUGUGUAAUAGCAGUGCCAUGGCGAUGAUAAUUGGAGCAAGUGGAUUACAUCUUACCAAACAUGAGAACUUUCAUGGUGGGUUAGAUGCCAUAUCAGUUGGGGAUGGAUUAUUUACCAUACUGACAACCCUCAGUAAAAAAGCUUCUACAGUCCACAUGAUGCUGCAGCCAAUUUUAACCUAUAUGGCCUGUGGUUAUAUGGGCAGACAAGGCUCUCUUGCUACCUGCCAAUUAUCUGAACCAUUAUUGUGGUUUAUUUUGAGAGUACUGGAUACUAGUGAUGCCUUGAAAGCAUUCCAUGAUAUGGGUGGCGUUCAGCUGAUUUGCAACAAUAUGGUUACUAGUACAAGGGCUAUUGUAAACACUGCAAGAAGUAUGGUAUCAACUAUUAUGAAAUUUCUUGACUCUGGUCCGAAUAAAGCUGUUGAUAGCACUUUGAAAACAAGAAUACUAGCUUCUGAGCCUGACAAUGCAGAAGGGAUCCAUAACUUUGCACCCCUGGGUACAAUUACAUCUAGCAGUCCUACUGCCCAACCAGCUGAGGUGCUUUUACAGGCCACGCCGCCGCAUAGAAGAGCUCGCUCUGCUGCUUGGUCCUACAUCUUUCUGCCAGAGGAGGCUUGGUGCGACCUUACCAUUCACCUUCCUGCAGCAGUGCUUCUGAAAGAGAUACAUAUCCAACCUCACCUUGCAUCUCUUGCAACCUGCCCAUCCUCAGUGUCCGUUGAAGUGAGUGCAGAUGGGGUAAACAUGCUACCUUUGUCCACUCCUGUUGUCACAAGUGGUCUCACCUACAUAAAAAUUCAGCUGGUAAAAGCUGAAGUAGCUUCUGCUGUCUGCCUUAGACUUCAUCGCCCACGAGAUGCCAGCACAUUAGGCCUUUCACAGAUUAAAUUACUGGGCCUCACUGCUUUUGGUACCACUUCUUCAGCAACAGUUAAUAAUCCCUUUCUUCCAUCUGAAGAUCAGGUAUCCAAAACAAGUAUCGGAUGGUUACGGUUAUUACAUCAUUGCCUUACUCACAUCAGUGAUCUGGAAGGAAUGAUGGCCAGUGCAGCUGCACCUACUGCUAACCUGCUACAGACUUGUGCUGCCUUAUUGAUGUCCCCAUACUGUGGAAUGCAUUCACCCAACAUUGAGGUUGUGCUUGUAAAGAUAGGACUGCAGUCCACUAGAAUUGGCCUGAAGCUUAUAGACAUUCUUCUGAGAAACUGUGCAGCAUCAGGCAGUGAUCCUACAGAUUUGAACAGCCCUUUACUUUUUGGAAGACUGAAUGGACUCUCUUCUGAUUCUACAAUAGAUAUUCUUUACCAGCUUGGAACAACUCAGGAUCCUGGAACAAAAGACAGAAUCCAGGCCUUGUUAAAAUGGGUCAGUGAUUCUGCAAGAGUGGCUGCUAUGAGGAGAAGUGGCAGGAUGAGCUACAUGUGCCCUAACUCUUCAGCAGUAGAGUAUGGUCUUCUCAUGCCAUCUCCUUCUCAUCUUCACUGUGUGGCAGCAAUUCUGUGGCAUAGUUACGAACUGCUUGUAGAGUAUGAUUUACCAGCACUGCUGGACCGAGAGCUCUUUGAGUUACUUUUUAAUUGGUCCAUGUCUCUUCCCUGCAAUAUGGUUUUGAAGAAAGCUGUUGACAGUCUACUUUGCUCCAUGUGUCAUAUACAUCCAAAUUAUUUUUCUUUGCUCAUGGGCUGGAUGGGAAUUACCCCUCCUCCAGUGCAGUGUCAUCACAGACUGUCCAUGACUGAUGAUAGCAAAAAGCAAGAUCUUACUUCAUCCUUAACAGAUGACUCUAAAAAUGCACAAGCACCUCUUGCACUAACUGAAUCACAUUUGGCGACCCUUGCGUCCUCUUCUCAAUCUCCAGAAGCUAUCAAACAGUUAUUGGACUCAGGUUUGCCUUCUCUUCUUGUGAGGAGUCUGGCUAGUUUUUGCUUUAGUCACAUUUCUUACUCAGAAAACAUUGCUCAGUCAAUAGAUAUUUCUCAGGACAAGCUCAGGCGGCAUCAUGUUGCACAGCAAUGUAAUAAGAUGCCUAUCACAGCGGACCUGGUUGCUCCUAUUCUUAGGUUUUUGACAGAAGUUGGCAGUAGCCAUGUUAUGAAAGACUGGCUCGGUGGGUCUGAAGUCAAUCCACUGUGGACAGCACUUCUGUUUUUAUUAUGUCACUCUGGGUCUGCUUCUGGAGGACAUAAUUUAGGUGCCCAACAGACUAGUGCAAGAUCAGCCUCUCUUUCUUCAGCUGCUCCAACAGGACUGACUACUCAACAGAGGACGGCAAUUGAGAAUGCGACUGUUGCGUUCUUUCUGCAGUGCAUUUCAUGCCACCCUAAUAAUCAAAAACUGAUGGCCCAGGUUCUCUGUGAACUCUUUCAGACAUCUCCUCAAAGAGGGAACCUUCCAACAUCAGGGAACAUUUCGGGGUUUAUACGUAGAUUAUUUUUGCAAUUGAUGCUGGAAGAUGAGAAAGUGACAAUGUUUCUUCAGUCUCCUUGUCCACUGUAUAAAGGUAGAAUUAAUGCCACAAGCCAUGUCAUCCAGCAUCCAAUGUACGGAGCAGGCCAUAAGUUCCGAACACUUCAUUUACCAGUCUCAACAACAUUAUCAGAAGUUCUUGACAGAGUGUCAGAUACACCAAGUAUCACUGCUAAACUAAUUAGUGAACAGAAAGAUGACAAAGAAAAGAAAAACCAUGAAGAGAAAGAAAAAGUUAAGGCAGAAAAUGGAUUUCAGGACAAUUACAGUGUUGUUGUUGCUUCAGGGCUGAAAUCCCAGUCUAAACGGGCUGUGUCAGCUACACCACCUCGUCCGCCAUCCAGGAGAGGGAGGACAAUGCCUGAUAAAAUAGGAAGUGCUUCUUCAGGAGCAGAGACUGCCAACAAAAUAAUUACUGUCCCAGUGUUUCACCUGUUCCACAAACUCUUGGCAGGCCAGCCAUUGCCAGCAGAAAUGACGCUUGCCCAACUCUUAACUCUCCUUUAUGACCGAAAACUUCCUCAAGGUUACCGUUCAAUAGACCUGACUGUUAAAUUGGGAUCUAGAGUUAUCACAGACCCAAGUCUGUCAAAAACAGACUCUUUUAAAAGGUUACACCCUGAAAAAGAUCAUGGAGACUUACUUGGUAGCUGUCCAGAAGAUGAGGCUCUCACUCCAAGUGAUGAAUGUAUGGAUGGGAUAUUGGAUGAAUCUUUACUUGAAACCUGUCCCAUUCAGUCACCAUUACAAGUUUUUGCAGGAAUGGGUGGACUGGCUCUUAUUGCAGAAAGACUACCCAUGCUAUAUCCAGAAGUAAUUCAACAAGUAAGUGCUCCAGUGGUGACUUCUACCACUCAGGAAAAGCCAAAAGAUAGUGAUCAGUUUGAAUGGGUGACCAUUGAACAGUCAGGGGAAUUAGUUUAUGAAGCACCAGAAACCAUUGCAGCUGAACCUCCACCUAUCAAAUCAGCAGUACAGACCAUGUCUCCCAUUCCUGCCCAUUCUUUGGCUGCUUUCGGAUUAUUUCUUCGUCUUCCGGGCUAUGCUGAAGUCCUACUGAAAGAGAGAAAACAUGCCCAGUGCCUUCUGCGACUGGUAUUGGGAGUGACGGAUGAUGGAGAAGGAAGUCAUAUUCUGCAAUCUCCAUCAGCCAAUGUGCUUCCAACUCUUCCUUUCCAUGUCCUUCGUAGCUUGUUUAGCACUACACCAUUGACAACAGAUGAUGGUGUACUUCUAAGGCGGAUGGCAUUGGAAAUUGGAGCACUACACCUAAUUCUUGUCUGCCUCUCUGCUCUGAGCCACCAUGCCCCACGAGUUCCAAACUCUAGUCUCAAUCAAGCAGAGCCACAGGUAUCAAGCUCUCAUAACCCUACAUCAACAGAAGAACAGCAACUGUACUGGGCCAAAGGGACUGGCUUUGGGACAGGCUCUACAGCUUCUGGAUGGGACGUGGAACAAGCCUUAACCAAACAGAGGCUGGAGGAGGAGCAUGUCACCUGUCUUCUGCAGGUUCUUGCAAGUUAUAUAAAUCCUUUGAGUGGUGCAGUGAAUGGAGAAGCCCAGUCAUCUCAUGAGAAUCGAAUCCAGAACAGUAAUGCCCUUCCUUCUGUACUUCUAGAGCUGCUCAGUCAGUCUUGCCUCAUCCCAGCGAUGUCCUCUUACCUACGAAACGAUUCAGUUCUUGACAUGGCGAGACAUGUGCCACUCUAUCGAGCUCUGCUGGAAUUGCUCCGGGCCAUUGCUUCCUGUACAUCCAUGGUGCCCCUACUGUUGCCUCUUUCUACAGAGAAUGGUGAAGAGGAAGAAGAACAGUCAGAAUGUCAAACUUCUGUUGGUACAUUAUUAGCCAAAAUGAAGACCUGUGUUGAUACUUACACCAACCGUUUAAGAUCUAAAAGGGAAAAUGUUAAAACAGGAGUAAAACCAGAUGCAUCUGAUCAAGAACCAGAAGGACUUACGCUGUUGGUACCAGACAUCCAGAAGACUGCUGAGAUCGUCCAUGCAGCUACCACCAGUUUGCGGCAGGCCAAUCAAGAAAAAAAACUAGGUGAAUAUUCAAAGAAGGUGGCUAUGAAACCCAAACCUUUAUCAGUGUUGAAAUCACUUGAAGAAAAAUAUGUGGCUGUUAUGAAGAAAUUACAGUUUGAUACAUUUGAGAUGGUUUCUGAGGAUGAAGAUGGGAAAUUGGGUUUUAAAGUAAAUUACCACUACAUGUCUCAGGUGAAAAAUGCAAAUGAUGCAAAUAGUGCUGCCCGCGCCCGCCGCCUUGCCCAGGAAGCCGUGACGCUGUCCACCUCACUGCCUCUUUCAUCCUCUUCGAGUGUGUUCGUGCGCUGUGAUGAGGAACGACUUGACAUCAUGAAGGUUCUGAUAACUGGUCCAGCGGACACCCCUUAUGCAAAUGGCUGCUUUGAAUUUGAUGUAUAUUUUCCUCAAGAUUAUCCCAGUUCACCCCCUCUUGUGAAUCUAGAGACAACUGGUGGUCAUAGCGUGCGAUUCAAUCCAAACCUUUAUAAUGAUGGCAAGGUUUGUUUAAGCAUCUUAAAUACGUGGCAUGGAAGACCAGAAGAGAAGUGGAAUCCUCAGACCUCAAGCUUUUUGCAACUCCCUGUUAAUGUAAAAUUCACUAAACUGAGUUUUGUGGAGACAAAAACGUUGCGAUUGUCUUUUAAAUUUCAUUUCUUUGUAAAUUCUGACCCAAACACCUUUUGUUGCCUUGGCUGUUUUAUUCUCAAGGUUAUACACAAACACUUUUACUUGAAAAGAGUUGAGAUCAUGGCCCAGUGUGAGGAGUGGAUUGCGGACAUCCAGCAGUACAGCAGUGAUAAGCGGGUGGGCAGAACUAUGUCUCACCACGCCGCAGCCCUCAAGCGUCACACUGCUCAGCUCCGGGAAGAGCUGCUAAAACUUCCCUGUCCCGAAGGCUUGGACCCCGAUGCUGAUGAUGCCUCGGAGAUGUGCAGUGCUACAGCAGGUGCUGAGGAGACUCUAAUGCAUGAUCAGGUCAAACUCAGCAGCAGUAAAGACCUCCCCAGUGACUUCAAAUUAUGAGCUGCAUUGACGUGGACUUCACAGACACAAAGGCUUUGAAGCACAAGCCAAAUAUGUCAAUAUUUGUAUGUAAGAAACUAAUUAUGUAAUAGUUAUUGAAACUGAAACUAUACUAUGCCCUUAAGGAGAUCCAGUUUAAUUCAAGGUGAUCUUUUCUUUACCUGUACAAGAGUGUAAACUUUUUUGUGCUUUUAUUUUUCAAUUGUGAGAACCACUGAUUGGUAUGUUCAACAAAUUUGUGUAUACAAAGAAAUGGAUAAAUCACUGAUAUAUAAGGGAAACUACCUUAGGAAAGAAUGUUUACUGAAUGUUUAUUUUGUUUUUUUUUUUUACUGUAGAGUGAGGGGUUGUUAACAAAGAAUAUAUAUUGGUCAUUCUUACAACUACUAUUUAAAGUCAGCAACUUUUCACUGAAUUUGAUAGAUUUUAUGUUUGGCCAUAUCUUCAUGCUCAUCUUUGAUUUCUGAAGACCUCCUACAUACACUUAAAUAAAGGUUAAAUGGACAUACUCCCUCUUUUUUGAUUUAUUGGUACAUUUUUUUAAAUGAUAAAUAUGCCAUAAAAUGCAUUAUAGCUGGAGACUUGCACUUGUAUGGAUGAAUUUAUUACAUUCAACGUAUUUAAUUUUAUGCCUUCUAAUUCUAAGAUGCAGAAAAAAUAAAUGAACAUGAUUUUAUUCUAUGCCAACAUUUGGGCCUGUGAAUGUAUCCGUUAUUUGAAUUUAAGUAUAUGAGAAGGAAUGGUCAAUUUGAAAAGUCACUCUAAACUGAUUUUUUCCUAAAGGGCUCCUUUUUUCCUGGACUCUGGUUUUAUUACUAAAGUCACAUGUAUGUAUGAAAACACUGAGGCUCUGUAGAGCAGAGAGCAUUCCUCUCUGGUGCUGUUACAGUACGUUCUGUACCUGCCACACAGGCUCAUUUUCAUGCAAAUUCUUCUUAGAGCCAAAUAAAUAAAGACUUAGGUGUA